AUGGCACCAUCCAAUCUCCAAGGUCUCAACAUCGUCCACCCCGUCCCCCCGUCCAAUCCAUACCUUUCGGACGCCGACCUCCUCGCCGUCCCACCCUUCCCCGACCUAAAUGCUCAACUUGAUCUGUGGACGAACCUGAAUUUCCAGUCCGACGAACCGCUCCACUCUAACCGCCCGGGCGAAAACCCGAGCUGCGAAAAGGAGUCUCACAGUGGCAUCGCGGAGACCCACUCGCAUGAGAACGUCGUGAUGGGCACUGUCCUCCCUUCCAUCCUCCCCUCGGCUGCUAAUCCCGGCCAGCCCCAGCUACCCCCCUUUGACGUCAAUUCCCUCUUGGCCGGCUUCGGUAUCGACCCCUUCAUGGCGCCCCCCGCACCCUUGCCCACCCAGGCACCCAACGCUGCAAACACCAUCGCCCAGCUCCUGUCGCUGCACGCGUCGACC